UUGGCCUCUGUGGUCAAACCUUGUACUAUGUGCUCUGCCAUGAUUCCAUUGUCAGAGUUGCUUGAUUCGGAGUGGGAGAUACAAGAAAGGUGAAUUUUCCGAAGCUAUUUGUGUCCACCGCAUGGAAAAAUGGCAACGCAUUCCUCUCCCCUGCGAAUUGGAAUUGUAGGAUUUGGACAUCUCGGACAGUACUUGCUGGAGAGAAUCAUCAAAGAUGGCGCCUCUGUAGGCUUAACUUUGGCUUUUGUUUGGAACCGAAAUCCUGAAAAACUGGAACGUUUAGUCCCGGAUGAACUUGUUUUGGAUAAUCUGUCAUCCUUCGCAGAAAGGGAAUGUGAUGUCAUUGUGGAGGUGUGCCAUCCUCAGGUAGUGAAAGAAUUCGGUGUCCGCUUCCUGUCCCACUCACAUUUUAUGGUUGGUUCCCCCUCGGCCCUCGCUGAUCAUGACCUGAAUACAAAACUUCGUCAGGCGGCCCAAAAGAAUGGACGAACCCUCUACGUCCCAAGUGGCGCCUUAUGGGGAGGUCAAGACAUCCAGAAGUUGAACGAUAGCGGGACCUUGCAGGCUUUAUUCAUAAGGAUGUCCAAGCAUCCAUCCUGCUUCCGUCUGACUGGAGAUGUGCUCUCAGAGUGGGCAGAGGAACAGGGGAGGCGGGUUUUAUUCACAGGCUCUGUGGCGAAGCUGUGUCCGCUCGCUCCCAACAACGUCAACACCAUGGCGGCAGCGGCAGUGGCUGCAGGGACGCUCGGUUUUAACGGUGUUCAAGGAGAGAUUGUGGCCGACACGGCGUUGAGUGAUUAUCAUCUAGUGGAGGUGCAGGUGACAGGGCCUGAUGGUUUCGCCGUGCACACAGCGAGAAGGAAUCCAGCCCAACUUGGCGCCGUAACCGGUAAUGCAACAUACAACUCGUUUUGGAAUAGUCUAAUUGUCUGCAAAGGUCACGGGGGUCGAGUUUAUUUAUGCUGAAGUAUCUGAUGGAAGAUUAUUCUAGAAGGUGAACAGUGGACAUGCCCAAUAAAUCACAUGUAAGCAAAAA